GGUGGUGGAACUUGACAGUCAGUGAAUAACCCACAUGGGGCAGAGGAGUUGUCCCAGGUUCGGCAGCUGCAGAAUGAGCCCUCUGAUCCUGCUGGAAACGCUGAGCAGAAGCCUGAGGAGGGGAGAUGAAAUAGCAGAGUUUCAGGGAGUUGCCUCCCCUUCAGGAGGAAGGGAAGAAAAACAACUUGCCAGAUGAAGUGCUGAUCCAUUUCACCUGUGCAAACAGGAAAGGAGUGAAGAAACAAUGAGAAUGUACGUGAGAUGCAAAGACACAGGAUUUCUGGCAAUGUGCUGCUGCCAGAGUACAGUAAUCGACUCAAAAACAGAAGAAGUUUUUCCUCAGCUUGUGUCUUGGAUGGAUUGUUUUGAAUCAGUAAGAAGGAGUUCUACUGAGCUACCUGCUUCCCUUGAAUUUGGAAGGGCUUUGCAACAUUGCCAUAUAACCUCUGUAUUUCACCCCAAGAGAAACAAUUCUGACUGGGAGUGUUCAUGUCUUUGUCACAUAAAUGCCAAGGCAGAGUGGCCCCGUGAGCCCCAGCAAGUCCCGGUUGGUGACGAGCAGCUGUCAUGAUCUCUACAGCACCUCUUUACAGUGGGGUGCACAACUGGAGCAGCACAGACCGGAUUCGCAUGUGUGGCCUCAACGAGGAGAGGUGAGGAGAGCCCCCCUUUCUGAUGAGGAGUCUAAAACGAGCAGCUCCCAGCACUUGGGGUCUCAAGAGUUUUGCGUCAGCAGCAGCCUUUCCGAGGUGGAGCUCACAGCAGUCAGCAGUGGUGGCAGCAGUGCCCAGGGGCUGGAUGCUGAUGGCAAGGUGGAGGAAAAGCUGGGGCCCAAACUGGAAGAGCAGCCACCUGAUCCCAACCCAAACCCUGAGCGUGUGGGAAAGACUGUGAAAGAUGAUGCCCUGGGCCCUCUGGUGAGCCAGGAGGAUGGCAGAGGGCAGGAGCCUCCAGUCCCCAGAGCUGCUGAGCAGGAGAGCGGUGGUGCUGAUGCUGCCUGGACACUUGCAGAGCCUCACAGUGACAAGCAGGCUGAUGCUCCUCCAGCCUGCUCCGUGGCUCCAGAGAGCGAGCCUGCUGGGAAGGAGAAAACCACCCCAAGCACUGGAGCACAGGGGCCAGGCACGCUGGCAGAAGGGACGUUGUCUGUGGUUGUCUCCAGCUGCAACACCUCUGCCUCCACUCCUGCUACUUUUACUUUGAACAGAGUGUGCUUUCCCACAUCUCAGGCCCCUGCUAUGCAAAAACUACCCCUGACCUUUCAGGCUGGGGCAGUUCUGAGCCCGAGCCAGUCACUGGUGUACAUCCCACCACCCAGCUGCGGGCAGCCACUCAGUGUGGCUACGCUGCCAGCCACCUUGGGGGUCUCCUCCACCCUCACCCUCCCUGUCCUGCCUUCCUACAUACACGAGCGUUGCCUGCCAGGCAUUAUCGCUUCCCCAGAGUUGCGCUCCUACCCCUACCCCUUCUCUGUCACCAGACCCUUGGCUUCAGACGCCAAAGUGGUGUCUGUGGAGGUGAAUCAGUUUAGCUGCCCCUCGCCCUCGGGUGGAAGCAGUGCCCAGGCUGCUGCUGAGGGCGCUCCCUCAUGCACCGCUGGCCCUUCCCUCUCAUCCAGCCAGGCUGCGCUGGCAGCAUCGUGCGGGAGUGCUGCUCCGUCUUCUGGCACUGGUGCGCACGCCAGAGCCCCGGCAGCUCCCGAGCCGCAAGUACCGGGGGCUGCCACUUCACUCUCUCCUCUGAAGUCCCCUCCACAGCUCGAGCGUGAGAUGGUCUCCUCUCCAGAGUGCAGCGAGAUGCCUCUCGAUCUCUCCUCCAAGUCCAAUCGUCAGAAACUGCCUCCACCCAGUCAACGCAAAACACCUCCUAUGCCCAUCCUCACACCCGUGCACACCAGUGGCAAAGCUCUCCUCACCACAGUCCUGUCCAGGUCCCAGCGUGCAGCCCAGACUACGGGCAGCAGCGUCACCUCGUGUCUUGGCACCACCCCUCCCUUAGUCAUCUUCCCUGAAUUCCUGCGCAAUGGCGAGCAGGGUUCCUGGGUGAAGAACACCACGCUCAUCAGCACCAUUCCAGGCACCUAUGUCGGCGUCGCCAACCCGGUGCCUGCCUCGCUGCUGCUCAGCAAGGACCCUGGCAUGAGCUUCAGCAGAGAUCCGCGCCACCUUCCCAAGCAGGAGCCUAUUUCCAUCAUUGACCAGGGAGAGCCUCGCAGUGCUGGGGUUCCCUGUGGGAAGAAAUCCAACCAGGUCAGCACAGAAGGACAGCAGGAUCCCGCCAGGAGACUUCAUGGUAGAGUUGCUCCAGGAGCUCCUUUGUGUCAGUCCAAGGACAUGUCCACCUGGAAUCCUGGCCAGGGAAGUGUGUACCCACGAUGCCCUGUGAAUGGAAAGCCUUCCAAUCCUCAGCUUCUGCCUCUUGGCUGGUCUCCUUAUCAUCAAACCCCCCUGCUUUCGAUCGGCAUCUCUACAGCAGGGCAGCUGCCCCCAAACCAGAACAGCUCCUGUAAGCCAGCUGGUGCAGGUGAGCUCCCAACAUUCCCGAGCGUGCAGCCCACAGAGUCCAGCACAGCUGCCCAGAGCCUGCCGGAGGGGCUGCCCAGGCUCCCACCCGAGGAACGGGAAGCUGUAGCCAAGAGCAAGAGCUGCCGGGCCUUGCCCAAGCUCUAUGAGGAGCCAGCCAAUCCAGUCCCACUGGUUGCUGGUCCAUCUCUUCAGACCAGUGCUGUGGAUGUGAAAGGGGGGAAGGGGAAGCUGGACAUUCCACAGAAGAGUCAAGAGUGUGAUCGGCCAGAGGCUGACUCCAGUAAGGAGGGUAAUGUACAGACUGAGGCUCCUCAGGGGAGCUGUAGCCGCAAACAGUUGGACGCAAAGCCUAAAACCCAAGUGUUAGCAGCAUAUUUGUCGCAUGAUCUGCCUGCAGCUGGGCAGCAGAGCCUGCGAAUGAUUUCAGAGGUGCCCACAGAGAGUCAGCGCAAGGAGCUAGGCUGCGAAGGCUCCCAGGAGCCACCAGCAGUAGAGCCCCUCCAGUGCGUGCGUCAGGUGGAUCUGUGCAGGGUCAAGAAGGAGCGAGUGGAGUGUGACAUGUCAUUUACCUCUGGGACUUGUCUACGAGCUGGGACUGCUCCCCAGGCCUUUGGUGAGGUCAAACUCAAAGGAGCAGGCCAAAUCAAGCAAGAGGGCAGCGUGCACUGCAAGUCCAAGCGGCAGCAUGGUGGGGACGCCAGGCAGGCCCACAAGAGACUGAAGUGUCAAACCCAGGAUGGUGAGGAGCCCUCAGGCAAAUCGGGGAGCCGGAGUGCGCAGGGCCGGAAGUGGCGAAAACACCAUGACGAUCUGCAUGACCUUGGCAAGCGAGAAGGCCGAACCAGCCUGGGAUCAGGGCAAGAUCACAGCAGUCUCAGGGUAAAGCGUAAGCACAGGAGGCCAGCAAAGACGGAGUUCCCAUCGCCAGCACACCAUGGGGACAGCCACGAGGAAGGUUACCUUGAGAAGAAGCCCAAGAACAACUUUCGGGAUUUCAUUCCGGUGGUGCUGAGCAGUCGGACACGCAGUCAGUCGGGAAGCAUCGCUGGCUCUUCUGCUGGUGUGACAGGAGAGUGUGAUGUGAGCGGUCAGGAGAUUUUACCAUUGUUGGAGGAGGAUCAGGAAGAAGAGGAGGAGGAAGGGGAGGAGGAGACAUCCUUGAAACGUCGCAGGCUGCGAAAAUCCCACAGGACAUCACACUGUCACAGUCGCAGGGCCAGGGACAGGUCUCUGUCUGAGAGGAGCAGCUGUUACACGAGGAGGAAUCGGGAGCUGCCCUGGAGAGUGGAAUCACCCAGGCAGCUGUGGGAGCCCAACGAGGAGGAGGAAGAUGACAGCCACAUCAAAAGGAAGAAAAGGAGACGACAGAAAAGUCGGAAAUACCAGACGGGGGAAUAUUUGACCGAGAGAGAGGAGGAGCGAGUGGGCUACCCCCACAGGAGGCGAAAAUCCAAAGCAGACUUUAGGUACCGGAAGCAGAAGGAGUCUGCGAAGGGUAAAGGCACAGAGCUACGAUUGAGGAGCAGGCUUUCCCCACCCCCUCGAAAAUCUCAAGGACGCCCAGACUUUCGGAAUGGCUUCUUCCUGGAGCCCUCCAACAGUUCUCCUGUCCAAGAAGAGCUGGAGAAACCAUCAGGAAAACGCAAAUGUAAAACCAAACACCUGGCAGGGAUCUGUGAUGAGGGGAAGGGGAAGGGCUGCUGGAACCAGCCCAAAAUGCGCUCUCUGAAGAAGCCCCAAGACUUGUGGACGCUUUGUAAGUCCCGUCGGGUCUCAGGGAGUUCCCCUGAAUUGCCCAUGGCCCAGAACAUUCCUCCUGGAGCUCGGCGGCUGAUUGUGAACAAAAAUGCAGGGGAGACCCUUCUGCAGCGAGCAGCUCGAUUGGGCUAUAAGGACGUAGUGCUGUAUUGCCUGCAGAAAAAGAGCAGUGAUGUGAACCAUCGUGACAAUGCUGGCUACACAGCUCUGCAUGAAGCCUGUGCGCGAGGCUGGAUCGACAUCCUCCACAUUCUGCUAGAACACGGUGCCAACGUGAACUGCAGUGCACAGGAUGGCACAAGGCCUGUCCAUGAUGCAGUAGCAAAUGACAACCUGGAAACCAUGUGGCUUCUACUCUCCUAUGGUGCUGAUCCCACUCUGGCCACUUACUCUGGGCAGACAGCUGUGAAGCUUGCCACCAGUGAAGUGAUGAAGUGCUUCCUCUGUGAUUACCUUUUGGAUCUCCAGGGGCGCACUGAUGGGGAUCCUCGAACAGCGUGGGACUUCUACAGCAGCUCUGUACUAGAGGGGAAAGAUAGCAUUGGAUGUGAUCUUCUGCUCAACCCUCCAGGAAGUUCAGACCAGGAGGAAGAGGAGCAAGAAGCAGACAACUUCAUGUUUGAGUUCUCAGACAAGCCACUGCUUCCCAGCUAUAACCUCCAAGUGUCAGUGUCUCGGGGGCCCUGCAACUGGUUCCUCUUCUCCGAUGUGCUCAAGCGGCUGAAGCUGUCCUCCCGCAUAUUCCAGGCCCGCUUCCCACACUUUGAGAUCGCCACACUGCCCAAGGCGGAGUUCCAGCGUCAGGUCUCUCUCAGCCAGGUGCUGGCACAGGAGGAGGUACAGGAGAGUCCCGAGCCGGCACAGGGUGCUGCAGAGACAGUGGAGCUGGUGCACUAGGACAAGCUGUUGGGGAGACUCUGCUGCUCCUCCCAGCGCACAGACGCCUGCUUCUGCACUGGUGCUGGUAGUGGAAGCUCUGCAGCUCAGCCCAGCUGUUCCCAAACCCCACUGCUGGUGGCCAGUGAGCUGUGUCCAGCUUUAGUGCCUG